GGCGGGUCAAGCAGCGGGGCGUUAGAAACACCACCAACCCAGCCUCCGGCAGCAUAAAGGGGUUCUUCAGCUUUGUAGUUGUAUUGCCAAGAUGUCUCUUUCUAAGAAGUUAACUUUGGACAAACUGGAUGUGAAAGGCAAACGAGUCGUGAUGAGAGUAGACUUCAAUGUUCCCAUGAAGAACAACCAGAUUACCAACAACCAGCGAAUCAAGGCUUCAAUCCCAAGCAUCAAGUUCUGCCUGGAUCAUGGCGCCAAGUCAGUAGUUCUUAUGAGUCACCUAGGUCGACCCGAUGGCGUGCCCAUGCCUGAUAAAUACUCCCUGGAGCCUGUUGCUGCUGAACUGAAAUCCUUGCUGGGUAAGGAUGUCCUGUUCCUGAAGGACUGUGUGGGGCCAGAAGUGGAGAAAGCCUGUGCAAACCCAGCCGCUGGUUCAGUCAUCUUGCUGGAGAAUUUACGCUUCCAUGUGGAGGAAGAGGGGAAGGGCCAAGAUCCUGCAGGAAAUAAGCUUAAAGCUGAGCCACAGAAAAUAGAAGCCUUCCGUCAAUCGCUCUCAAAGCUAGGGGAUGUUUAUGUCAAUGAUGCCUUUGGCACUGCUCACCGGGCCCACAGUUCCAUGGUGGGAGUGAAUCUGCCCCAGAAGGCGUCUGGAUUCCUGAUGAAGAAGGAACUGGAAUACUUUGCCAAAGCCUUGGAAAACCCAGAGAGACCCUUCCUGGCUAUACUUGGUGGAGCCAAAGUAGCAGACAAGAUCCAACUUAUCAAAAAUAUGCUGGACAAGGUCUGUCAUAUGAUUAUUGGUGGUGGAAUGGCGUAUACUUUCCUUAAGGUACUCAACAACAUGGAGAUUGGUGCUUCCUUGUUUGAUGAAGAGGGAGCCAAGAUUGUCCAAGAUAUCAUGGACAAAGCCCAGAAGAAUGGUGUGACCAUCACCUUUCCCGUUGACUUUGUUACUGCUGACAAGUUUGAAGAGAAUGCUCAUGUUGGUCAAGCCACUGUAGCAUCAGGCAUCCCUGCUGGCUGGAUGGGUUUGGACUGUGGCCCUGAGACCAACAAGAAGUUUGCUCAAGUUGUGGGCCAAGCCAAGCUAAUUGUGUGGAAUGGACCUGUAGGGGUAUUUGAAUGGGAUGCCUUUGCUAAGGGAACCAAAGCCCUCAUGGAUGAAGUUGUGAAAGCCACUUCCAGGGGCUGUAUCACCAUUAUAGGAGGUGGAGACACCGCCACUUGCUGCGCCAAAUGGAACACCGAAGAUAAAGUCAGCCACCUGAGCACUGGAGGAGGAGCCAGUCUAGAGCUUCUGGAAGGUAAAGUCCUUCCUGGAGUGGAUGCCCUCAGCAACCUGUAG